GAUUUUAAAUUUAAAUUGUCCCGCCUUUGUGAGUCAGCUGUUUUAUAUAGAUGACAAGACUGUUUUUCGCUUUAAAUCAGCUGAUUAUAACGAAGUUCGACGAUUAAACAAACCUUGGCGACUGACGGAGUAGGAAUUAAGAAAAUAAUCAUGGCUGAUAGUGAUGGGAAGGGCAAUGAAAAUAGUAAUUAUUAUAGAAAUAAUUCAAGACAUUCUAAUGAUGACGAUAAUUCCGAUGAUGAACACAUACAAGGCGCUUCUAUUGGACCAGAUAUUGGCCUGGGAAACAACAGACAUAAUGUAAGAAAAUCAUCGACAGAGACCGGAUUAGCAGGUUCAAGCUCUAGCAAUGACCACCCUCGUCGGGAAGAAAACCCGUUCUCUUUCAAACACUUCUUGAACAGAGAUGUGUCAGGAGGGGCACGCCCGAAAGUGUUCCCCUCUAAAUCCCCUUCUACCCCUCGCCUCAUCGCCAAUCCCGAGCUUACCUCGGGCCUGCCGGACUUUGUCCAAGACCAUCUCGUCAUCGAGCAGUGUUACCUGAACCAGCCUUCCCAGCCAUUGUCUGUGGAUAUGAACAAUUUGGCGGAGUUUGGAUUGGAAGCGUCAAAUGAUGGCUGGAACCCUAGUCGGACAGGGGACUUACCAUUUGAUCUGACAGCUACUAGACAUGAACGACCAGAGUCACCUGUCCUACCACUAGACUUACCAGAGGGUCUGCCUUUCGACCUGCCUGCCACCGGAGGCGAGGUGGGGGCCUCCACCAGCCUGCCCGACUUUCUGUCUGAUGGGCCGAUUCAUAGUGGACGGCGGAACGAUGCAGGACAGCCACCCUCCGAGCCUACCAGCCCCCACAUCCCUCCUCCUCACUCACACGCACAAGCACUGCAGAUGGAGAAUGACAGGUUACGAAGGGACCAAGAAACGCUUCGGAGACAACUUUCAGAUCAAAUCAGGAGGAACGAGUCAUUGGAGUCAGAGUUGAGGAUACUGCGUAGUCGAGACCACGACGAUGCAGCCAGCCUCGAGAACAUGGUGCGGCAAGUUGAGGACAACUUAUCUCGUGCAGUUAAAAGAGCAGAGACUGCAGAAAUGAAAGCAGCUAAACUGAAGCAAGAAGUUAAACUUCUUACGGUAAAUAUGGUAUAA